AUGAUUGAAAUAAGCGAGUUCACGGUGGCUCCAUUACCGAGCAUUCAAGUUGAUCCAGACACGCAACAUUUCGUUGAUGAAUUUGGUCGUAUACGUAUAUUUCACGGUGUUAAUGUCGUCUACAAGCAACCACCUUUUUUACCCAAUCUGACUGAUUUUGAUCCACAAAAUUCGCUGACGGAAUUUGAUCUUGACAAUCUUCACAAAUGGGGUUUCAAUGUCAUACGUUUUUAUACGUCUUGGAUGGGUGUCAAUCCGAAAUCACCAAAUGAAUUUGAUGAAACGUAUCUUUCUCAACUGUCCACCGCUGUCUCCAUGAUGGAAAACAAGAGUAUUUAUGCUUUGCUCGAUUGCCAUCAAGAUGUCUUUUCACGAUUCUUUUGUGGUGAAGGUCUGCCUGAUUGGGCAGCUAAAAAUUUGGGCAAUGAGUCUCUUAACCGAUUUCCGUUCCCUUUUCCAAUUAAUUUUACACACGAUUCGGAUACAGGAUAUCCAGUGCUUGAUGAAUGCUUGAAAUAUACUUUUGGUCAAUACUAUCUCACCGAAGGGGUGAUUAACGGAUUCAAAAUGCUAUAUACAGACGGUAAUGGUACUCUCGAAGCAUUUGGCUCAUUCUGGCAUAAAGUAGCCAGUUAUUUUGCUGAUCGAUCAUCUGUUCUUGGCUAUGAGCUCAUCAAUGAACCAUCAUUUCCAGCAUUGGCUGAUGUUCUACAAAUGGGUCUCGUCGAUCAAAAGUACUUGGCUCCGAUGUAUAGAAAGUUACAUGAAAUGAUUCGAAAAGUGGAUGAAAAACAUCUGAUCUUUUUUGAACCUUGCGUCUUCGAUGUAUUUCAUACUGGUUUCACUGAAGGGCCAGGUGGUGCGGAAUACAACAAUCGACAAGUGUUUAGUUAUCAUGAUUACUGUUUGGAUGUGACGAAGCAAGGAGAUCCAAAAUCAGAUGUGUUUUGUGAACUCUUCGAUGAUGCUCUGAUCUAUUUGCGUGUGAAAGAAGCACGUGAAAAAAAGCUCGGCGGUAUGAUGUUGACUGAAUUUGGUGGACUCAGCAAUUCUACCCAAGGUAUCAAAGAGCUCAAUCGAGUAACUUCAGUGGCCGAUGAGUUUCUCCAAAGUUGGACUUACUGGCAAUUUAAGAAAUAUGCCGAUUUGACAACAUCUGUGAGACCUGCUACAACAGAAUCAUUCUAUACAGAUGAUGGCGAAUUAGAAUUGAAUAAAGUACAAGCACUCUCACGAUCAUAUGCACAAGCUAUUGCAGGCAUUCCAAUACAUAUGGCAUUCUUUCCUACCACUAAUCUAUUCGAACUGCAGUUUACCAUCAAUACCGAUAUUCGACAACCGACAGUCAUCUAUCUGAAUGAAGAUUUCAACUAUCCACAUGGUAUCAACGUCAUACUCUCUCCAGAGAAUUCACUUAUCUGGACAUCAUCUAAUCGCAACUACUUUGAAUUUGUUCCAACUCCAUUGCUAAAAAAUGGGACAGAUAUUUUAAUUCAAAUUUUUGCUAUAAUUGAACAUUAA